ACAGUAACUCUCUCUCUGUGUAUCAAAGGAAGGAAGGUUGGCGUUGACGAGGCGGAGACAGAAACAGAAACAGAAACUCAAAUCCAGAAAAGGUAACAAGUGAGACCCAACACAAGAACUCGGUGGCGGAUCGAAUCUCUGUGACUGUUGCCGGGUUCGCAAUUUUCCAUAUUCCAUUUCCGCCUAAUUUCCACGCGCCUCCGCAGUCGCAGGUACCCACUCUGCUCCGGCCCCAAAACGACGUUCGAAGCUCGCGUUUUGGAUGAGAGCCGAGCCAAGCCGCGGGAGGGGCACAGUUUAGGGUUUUGAAAAUUAGUUGGAAAUGGCGUAUAGGAGGAGGCAGCAGGUGUCGGGUUUUCGAUUCGAAGAAGGAGAAGAAUCAAGAAAUCGAAAUUCAAUUUCGGCGGAGGAGGAGGCGGGGGACGAUUCGCUUGCCGCCAAAGCGAUAAGAGCUUCUUCGGCUCAUCGGGACUCGUCUCUCUCCUCUGCUUAUGCUGCUCGAGGCGUUCAUUCUGGUUCUCCUCUCUCCCCUUCAGCUCCUCAGUUUUCGAAAUCAAUCCCCACCGCCGCAACAACUGCUGCUACUUCUCUCCCCUCUCCCACCCAGCCACAUGAGUAUACAUCGAUGAAGAAUUUGAAUCAAUCCAAAAAUGGGUUCUGGAGUGUUCUCGCUAGAAAAGCCAAAGCCAUUCUCGACGACGACGACGAAGAUGAUAAUGUAGCUCAAACGUAUGAUUCUCCUGGAAGGAAAAGGGUGGAAACGCCCCCUACACUGACUAGGGGUAAGAAUUAUGAUCCAAAUCCAUCUGUUGAAAGCCGUGGAAAGACAGAAAAUCCCACAUUGCAGAAGGGAUUGGGUGCAUUUACAUCAUCCCUUAAUUAUAUCAGUGGCACUAUUGGGAGUGCCUUAGAGGAGGGUCGUACCAUUGUUGAGAAAGGCACUGCAGAUAUUAUUCAAGAAACUCGUAAGCAUAUCAGGAAAAAGCCGCAAAAUCAGGCACCAAAAUCAGAGUAUCAGUCGCUAGCUGACCUCGAACUUCAAUUGAAGGCAUCUCGCGACGUUGCUAUGGCAAUGGCUGCAAAAGCAAAACUUCUUCUUCGGGAAUUGAAGACUGUAAAAGCAGACCUUGCUUUUGCAAAGGAGCGAUGUGCUCAGCUGGAGGAAGAAAGCAAAAUUCUUCGGGAGAAUCGUGAUAGGGGAGAAAGCCCUGAAGACGAUGAUUUGAUACGGCUUCAAUUGGAAACACUUUUGGCAGAAAAGGCAAGACUGGCACAUGAAAAUUCAGUUUAUGCACGUGAAAAUCGCUUCUUAAGGGAGGUUGUUGAAUAUCACCAGCUCACGAUGCAGGAUGUUAUAUACUUGGAUGAGGGAACUGAAGAAGUUACUGAAGUUUAUCCCAUCAAGGUCAUCCCUUCUCAGUCUUCACCACCCUCUGAAGUACGUGGUGUCUCUGCAAGUCCUACCCUAUGAUGGCAGGUUAUCGAAGGACACUAGAAUGUUUCUCUUUGAUCUCCAAGGGAUAUGUUCUGUAGUUCUGUACUAUACACAGGCUUAAAGUUGUAGCAAUAUGAUUUCUUGGUUGUAAUAUGCUUUUCGCAACUUAUUAUCAGUCCUCCCAAGGGUAUGGCUGGUAUGUGAUGUUAUACUUCAUCUCCCCUGAGUGUUCAGCUACAAAGGGGUUUUACCGCCUUUAACCUACGAUGUUAAUUUA